UUUGUCCCUUCCGCUCGGGAGCCUGGUGGAUCCUCUCCCACCUCCCCACCUCGCCCCUCACCUUUAUUUUUUUUUUCCUGCAGGUCUUCAUUUAAUUUGUAUUUUUCCCCCUGCUGCAAGUCUUCUUGGGUGUAUAUACACGUUUAUUUUGCACCGAGAAGAGCGCUUUACAAGUUAAAAUACAAUGGGGGCAUAUGUGUAUUUUUUCCCCCACUGUGGAUGCCAGUAUUUUUGAGACUGGAAGCCUAAAUUUUUUGUUUCGAACCAUUUCGUUUCCAUUUCUUCCCUCUUACCGCCGAAGAGUGCAAGGCCUUUCAUGUACAGCAAGUUGCAUGAAAAUAAUUUAAACUUUCCGUUUAGUAUGUUAGCUUUUUUGCAGAUGUCCUUUUCCCAAAAGGGUUUGGUAGAGUUAGUUAAAAUAGUUGCGGAGUUCAGAGAUAUAAAUAGCAAGGAGGAGAGAGAUUUAGGUAGAAGCUUUGAAAGGGAGGGGAAAGGAUGUAGAGAGAAAAUCAGUUUAGGAAUAAAUUUAGCAAGGAAUAGGGGUGAUGGGGGAGAGAGAGGUAAUGUAAUUGCUUUGAGAAUUCUUUUUGUACAUGUUGGUGUUGCUAAAUCUUUUCCUUCAUGUAGUAGAAUCAACUCCGGAUUUAGAUUCAGUUUCUUUCUCCCUAGAGCCCCAGGACAUUUUCACCAUUUCGACCUCAGGACUUGCACGUGAAAUAGAAACAUUCUGCGAUGAGACCAGUUUUCCGUGCUAUAUUAUAUUCAUUAUUUAGAUGAUUAAACCUUUUGAAAAAGUUAACGUGUCGGAUUGACUUAAGGAGCUGGAGGAGGGAAUGAUAUUCAGUGGUGUUUUUCUCAGGUGAAAGGAGCAGUAGAUGAUGAUGUAGCAGAAGUAGGAUAUGGUUCCCUUCCAUUUUAUGCAAACAGGAUAUCAGAUUAUCCAGGAACAAGUUACAAAGAAGGGAAAUGGUUCCAGUACACGUCUUUGGAAGUUACCUUGUGGACCCUGAGAAUGUGUUACAGCAGAUAUAAUUUCUACAGUAGAAUUUAAUCAUUCUGGAGAAUUACUAGCAACAGGAGAUAAAGGUGGUAGAGUCGUCAUCUUUCAACAGGAGCAGGAGAACAAAAUCCAGUCUCAUAGCAGAGGAGAAUAUAAUGUUUACAGCACCUUCCAGAGCCAUGAACCAGAGUUUGACUACUUGAAAAGUUUAGAAAUAGAAGAAAAGAUCAACAAAAUUAGGUGGUUACCCCAGAAAAAUGCUGCUCAGUUUUUAUUGUCUACCAAUGAUAAAACAAUAAAAUUAUGGAAAAUCAGUGAAAGGGACAAAAGACCAGAAGGGUAUAACCUGAAAGAGGAAGAUGGAAGGUAUAGAGAUCCUACUACAGUUACUACACUACGAGUGCCAGUCUUUAGGCCUAUGGAUCUAAUGGUUGAGGCCAGUCCACGAAGAAUAUUUGCCAAUGCUCAUACAUAUCACAUCAACUCAAUUUCUAUUAAUAGUGAUUAUGAAACAUAUUUAUCUGCAGAUGAUUUGCGGAUUAAUCUUUGGCAUCUGGAAAUUACAGACAGGAGUUUUAACAUUGUGGAUAUCAAGCCUGCCAAUAUGGAAGAGCUGACAGAGGUGAUUACAGCAGCAGAAUUUCAUCCAAACAGCUGUAACACAUUUGUAUACAGCAGCAGUAAAGGAACUAUUCGGCUAUGUGACAUGAGGGCAUCUGCCCUCUGUGAUAGACAUUCUAAAUUGUUUGAAGAACCUGAAGAUCCCAGUAACAGGUCAUUUUUUUCCGAAAUCAUCUCCUCUAUUUCGGAUGUAAAAUUCAGCCAUAGUGGUCGAUAUAUGAUGACUAGAGACUAUUUGUCAGUCAAAAUUUGGGACUUAAAUAUGGAAAACAGGCCUGUGGAAACAUACCAGGUGCAUGAAUACCUCAGAAGUAAACUCUGUUCACUGUAUGAAAAUGACUGCAUAUUUGACAAAUUUGAAUGUUGUUGGAAUGGAUCUGACAGCGUUGUCAUGACUGGAUCUUACAAUAAUUUCUUCAGAAUGUUUGACAGAAACACAAAGCGAGACAUAACCCUAGAAGCAUCGCGGGAAAACAAUAAGCCUCGCACGGUUCUGAAGCCUCGCAAAGUCUGUGCAAGUGGCAAGCGAAAGAAAGAUGAAAUAAGUGUUGACAGCCUAGACUUCAAUAAGAAAAUCCUUCACACAGCCUGGCACCCCAAGGAAAAUAUCAUUGCCGUAGCUACUACAAACAAUCUGUAUAUAUUUCAAGACAAAGUGAAUUAGGGUUGGCAUUCCUAGCAGAAGAACCCACUUCCUGCUUAGUUGAGAUAGUUGAAUCUAGCAUUCGUUCCUAUAAAAGAGAGAGGUCCAUUGUGGCGCCCCUUUCCAGUGUUUGACAGUGUGCCAUUCGACAACACAUUGUUAUAGCUACAUGGAGAAAGCUCUGUGGAUUCAUCACUGUGGUGUUCUCCAUGUCUGCUAGCCAUUUAGGUAAGGGUAGGGCACUUUUAAUUUAAAUGACUUCUUGCACCAUCUUGCCUAAUGGACUAGAUUGGACUGUAUCAACAUUGAUUUACUCCACUUUUUAUGCCUUCCAUUGUGAUGACGUCAAACACAGUGAAAGCCUUCAGUCAUGCUAUGGGAUUUAAUUGUGUAUCCUCAUUACUGUAUCAUUUGUGGGGUACACCCCUUCCCCCUUUUUUUAAAUUAAAUACAGCUCAUUCUUACUGUGGCUUGUAGCAUUCCUCCUCUUCUGGCCUCCUGGACUCCUCCCCUUCAUCUCUCUUACCCUUGCCCCCUCCACCCGGUCUUGGUGGUGGUAUAUUAAAAAAAGAAAGAAUGAAAGCACACAAAAUGAGUCAGUUUGGGGUCAGUGGUAUAAAGGGGGUAUAUGUUGCGAACAAAUGUUUUAAUAACAGUUGGCUGUAAUCACUCCUCGCCAUGUCUGGCACUGAAAAUAAGGAAAAAAAACCUACUACUGAAUAAAAGUGACAAAGAAUGGAGAAUCUGGUUUUCUUUUUCUUUUUAACCUACCUCUUGUAGCCAAUAUUUUGUGUCAUACCUUUGGGCACAGUGAAACAAAAUGGGUUUUCAUUGUUUUAUUGGUAUUUUUGUUAAUUAUUUUUAACAAGUGUUCUUCUACAUGCAGGAGGAGAGGUAUUGGUUCUCUAUGAACAUAUUUUGAAUAUAUAUUGGUUUUAUUAAGGAUUUCACAAUCUAUAAAUGCUACUAGUUGUUUUUUUUCUAUUUACCGUCAUCAUGAGGGUAUUGGAUACGUUGUAUCUCUAUUUAACUCAUUAUCUGUUAAUGAAAUUGUUGUAAAUGGGAACCAAAUUUGUAGAACUUAAUUUCUACUUUUUACAGUGCUUAAUUUCAUUUUUGCCUUACUAGUCAAAGACUUAUACAACAUUUUUAACAAGUUAGAACUUUUUUUGUCAUUCAGUCAUAUAAAAUAGCAGAAAACUAACAUCGUGACGACAAUGCACUAAAUACUUUUUUUGUAUUUUACUGCUAUCAAAUCAGAAUGAAAUAUACUUUACCAUAGAUAUUUUUCUUCUAUUUUUGGUUUUCCAAAGCUAUAUUAAAGACAAAUUUUUAAAGGUACAGCAUUCAAAAAGUGCUUAAUGAACUCCAACAGCUGCCUCAAAAAUCUGUAUAUGAGUACAUUUUCCCUAAGCAGUGAUACAUUAUCCAAAGAUGAAGAGUGCUCCUAUUUUUAAUAGGUAGAAUGUACCUUUGUCAGUCUUGCAGAAGCUUUAAUGGAGAAGAAAUGGACUUUAUUUUUGAAAGGUGAAAUGAACAGGCAUUUAUAUUAUUAGAGAAUGGUAGUUUUAUUUUGGUUGAACGUAAUGUAACAACCUUGAAUUUCAGAGGACUCUGAGUGCUUCUAUGUCCACUACCUAUUGUUCUAUUCUUCAAUAAUGAAAAAUUCAACGAGCCGACCGUGAUUCCAUUACAAAUAUUAUGUCUUGUAAGUUAGCAUUUUUAGCACACAGGAGAAAUUUUAUGUAAUAAAAUUACUGUAUCUCUUGGAUUUAA